GCAACAAAUUAUUCAGAAAUAUAAACAAAAUCAAAGACCACAUCAAAUGUGAAAUAACGAGCAUCGAACCCCUUCCAACAACAACGAAUUAGUGAACCCCAUCCUCGACGAAUGCAGGUCGAAGUGCACCAAAUUAUCCUGCAUCUGAUGCGCCCCAACGACAAUAGACGACGUCGUAUCGGAACCACCGUCCACAAACCCCAAGCACGCAACGUCGUCGUUUACGUCCACCAUGGAAUUCUCCCCAAACAAAUCCCACUUCACCUCCCUGCUCUCAAACACCAGCGAAAUCUUCGGCACCUCCAAUCCCAUCCUCCCAAUCGACAGGUCCUUCUUCUCGUAACAGUUCCCGAACGGCGCCACCGCUGCCGCCUUACUCACAUUCCCCAUCGCUCCGCUCCUCUCGAACGCGCUCACCAGCGACCUGUAGAUCGAGCUGUCGAGAAUCGUGUACGGAUCCACCGUGCUGAUCGCGGAGCCGCCGAUCCCGGUCCGGCGGAACUCGAGGAGCGAGGAAUUGAUCGGAAUCGGAGAUUCCGACACGAGGAUCGAGGUGAUUCUGACGAAGUAGGCCGGGAUCUCGGCGCCGGGGACGUUGGGGGAAGCGGUGCGCUCGUAAUUCUUCACCAGCCUCGUGUACCUGAAUCUCGUCGAGUAAUCGACUCUGUUCGCGAUGACGUAAGGGGCGGCGCCGAGGAACAGGACGCCGUCGGAAUUCGGAUCCGACGGCAGGCAGAGUGCGAAUUCGCGGCGGAGGGAGCCGCCGAAGGCGGUCGAGAUCUGCGACGGGAGGCCAAUUCGCUCGCUGGAGAGGCCGAGGGCGCCUUCUACCCCGGCGGCUAGGUUGUCGAGCUGGAAUUCAUCUUCGCAGGCGAAGAUGAAAUUGGGGAUGGAGACGCGGGGCCCGCCACGUGCCCCGCUCGUGGAGGUGGAGUGAAGCGACACCGUAUCGAGGGCGACCUCCGAGGGGCCACCUGUCGUCCGGAUCGGGUUUCGGGUCAGGACGGUGCAGGAGUUGUUGAAGCAACCCGGUUGCGGGGGGAGGAAGCAGGGGGACUUGCAGUCGGCUUUGGAGACGGAGCAGGCGGCGGAGCCGCAGCGGGCGAGGCGGUAGGUGGAGGAGGAAUUGGAGAAGCCGCUGUAGCAAUCGAGCCAGAGCUGUCGGCCGGCGAUGUCGACGAUGAAGUUACGGGAGACUUGGGGAGUGCCGAUGUCGAGGCGGGUGAGGAUUUGGUUGGUGGCGCGGUCUUUUGUGAGCGGGAGGAUCAGGGAUCUGGGUUUGGAUUGAGCAAUGGUGGAGAUGGUGAGGGUGGAAAGGAUGAGGGAGAGGAGGAUUAUGGAAUGGGGAAGGGACGCCAUUUUUGUGCUUAUUGAAGGAGGAGUAGAGGUGUGUGAAUUGAGAAGAAGAUUGGAUUGCUGGGGUUUUUAUAGAGUGGUGCUCGGUGGUAAGGGAAGCUCUAGCUCUGAAGCUUGCUAGGCUAGCUAGCUCGCCGCCAUGGGAGACUGACUGUGACUGUACUCUUCUGGAUGCUGCGCUUAGCUAGCUAGCAUAGCUGGAGGGCUACUUUUCAAACAAACAACUUGCCUUUGACCCAAUGAAAGAAAAAUCGUCUUGUCGGCGUUGAUUUUUUUGUUUUUUGUUUUAAAUAGUUUGGGGGUUGAAUCGAAUAAUUAUGUAUUUGAAUUUUAGAGCGGCUCAAGCCCAACAAGUACGUUUGCGGCCCAGGGCCCAGGGACUUGUCAUCAAAAUUCAUUUUCAAUUUUUCAUGUUCAUCAUAUCUAGUUUUCCCCCUUUUCUUUAAACUGUAUCAGAAGUCAGAACUGG